CCCGCGAAACCUGCCCCUUUUCCUCCCCGGUCAGCCGGGCAGCUCCCGCCGUUACGUUUAACGGAAUCAAAUAGAAACCCCUCCGAGACCUUGACUCCGUUAACUCACAGAGUCAAGCUUCGUUUCUCCUCCUUCCGUCUUCGAUCUUGAAUCUUCUCUCGCCAUCGCCAUUGCCAAAUUGCAAUUGCAGUUUCUCUCUCUUCUGGUUUUUUCUUUUUCUUGUUUUCUCUCUCUAAAAGUCACAGUGGCUGAGGUUCAUGAAUCGAAGCUCCCUUACUCCCGACCCCACUCCUUCAAUUCAAUCCAAUUUUCCCAGAAACUGGAAUUUUCUUCUCUGCCAAACACCCUCACUGCUUCUUCUUCUUCUUCUUCGAUUUCCGCCACAAUUCCAGACCAUCAUCAUCACCAUCACAAUUCUUUCAAUUCUAGAACUGCUUUUUCCCCCAGAUUUCCCUUCAAUUUCUCGCAAUUUCCCGCCCUGAGGUUCGUGAUUCCUCUCCCAGCUCCCUCCAUGUUCUCCACUCCAUUCGUUCUCGCCUUCUCCCUCCUCCUCUCGCUCCCAAUCCUCUUCCUUCUCCAGUAUUGUGUCCCUCUUCAUUCCUUCUCUUAUGUUUAUAACUCUCUGUUUUCUUCCACGACGUUUGAUUUCACCUCCUCUGAGUCCGAGCUGACUCGGCGAGGCGUGAGGCUUCGAUUCAAGAGUUUUAUUGAGAUUGUCUCCAAAGAACCGCAUCUGUGGAAGCGGUACACGGCGAGGGGUCGGUUCACGAUGAUGCCCGAGGUCCCGUUUGAGAAAUUUCGGGUUGGAUCUCAGUUCUUCGUGUUGACUAGAAAGCACGCGGUGGUGGUUGUCAAUGAUCGGUCCUUGUGGAGGAAAUUCAAGAUUCCUUGCCAUAGUGUCGACAAUUGUUACCCAGAAGAACACUAUUUUCCAACUCUUCUUUCGAUGAUGGAUCCUAAUGGCUGCACCCAAUACACGCUUACUCGGGUUAAUUGGACAGGAACAUCUAAUGGCCAUCCUUAUGCGUAUCAGAGUGCUGAGAUUUCUCCGAAGCUUAUUCACCAGCUCCGGAAAUCGAAUUAUUCGGAAUCCUACUUGUUUGCCCGGAAAUUCACACCGGAUUGCUUGAGACCGCUCAUGAGUAUUGCCAAGUCUGUGAUUUUCCGGGACUGAGAUCCUUCACUGGCUAAUGACAAAAAAGAUGCCACGCCAGUGCUGUAGCUUUGCUUCUUGAUAAGGAAGAAGAAAAAGAAAAAGUUUUGUGUGGGAAUAUGGCUAUGAAGAGGCGCCAAAGUGCCCACAGCCUGUAAGCCCACAAGUAUCCAGACUGCGGAACUGCCAGUCCAGACAAAGCGUCGGACAAAACCAUUUUUUGUUCAAGGAAAAAGAACAGUUCGAGAAAGAGAUGCGAGUGAAGCAGAAAGCAAGGUACUCUUGUUGAAAGUUGUAUUUUAUUUUUAACUUCUUCCACUUUUUGUCCCUUGUAUUUUGAUAAUGUAACUGUAGAAAGCGGAAGAACAGAAUGAAAAAUGGAAUUGUUCUCCUGUCUUUCCUAUGGUUUUUUCUUUUGUACAUAUGUAAUAUCAUGGAAGGAAGCUCUAAGAAAUUGAAGAAUGGAAAGGAAUAUUGUUCAUUGUCA